AUGGACACCACCAAGCACGAUUACUCUCCCGUAGCCUCGUCAGAUAUAGAAGAGUCCCGAGCCUCGGAUGAGCAGCUGCAGGCCCCCCAUAGACAGAAUGGACGAUCCUUUUACUGUCAUUACACUCUCUAUUCCCUAUUAUUGCUAUCAAAUAUUGUCCUCUUUGGUCUCUGGUGGCGGGCUACUCUACUGAGUGAGGUGUGCGUACGACCAAAGUUAUCUUAUUCCCCUGCAAAGGAUGUCAUAUUCUACGAAAAGAGACGUCUCAAACGCGAUAUCAAAGAUAACGUCUUCACCGGCGACCCUCGACCCGAAUUUGACGCAGCAUGGAAACAUCUACUAGAGCCCAUGACAAUCAACAUCACCUCAGAAGAACUCACCAACCUCCCAGACCCAAGCAUCGCCUUCAAAGAUGGAACCGGCUACAUCGCAGAAUUAGCCGUGUACCAUGAACUCCACUGCAUCAAACGCAUCCGUCGCCACUUCCACCUCGACCGGUACUAUCCUAAUAUGACCGAAGAUGACCGUAUCCGCGAGGAGGCUCACAUCGACCACUGUCUCGAGUACUGGCGCGAAGCAGCCAUGUGUCGGGGCGACACGACCCUCGCGACUUUCCGCUGGGUAGACGGACUACCGUAUUCUCGGGUGUAUAGCGAUCACGAAUGCGUGAACUGGGAGGCGCUGGAUCAGUGGGCCAGAUCGAGGAUGGUGGAUAUGAGUGACUAUGGGAUGUUGGUGCAGUAA